AAAGAUUUCUAAAAGAAAAUUGCGCGCAAUCUUUGCUGCUAAUAUCUCAUGGUUCUUGCCAAGUACGCUUCAAAGUUCAAACCCUCCCCUCUUUUCCUCAACUACUUUCUCUGUCUCUGUUUCUGUCUCUGUCUGUGUCUCUGUUCAAAGAACUUUCUGUUAGUCGGUUGCUUUGUCUCUAAAGUCUCUAAACUCAACUCAACACAGAGUAGCAAAGCAAAACAAGUAGGAGAGUGUGGAAAGGAGAUGCAAGUGAAUAAGAAUAGGGUGAUGAUGACAGAGGAGCAAAUGGAAGUACUGAGGCAACAGAUAGCUGCCUAUGCAAUCAUCUCUGACCAACUUGUUCAGAUGCAUAAGGCCUUCUCUGCCCAACAAACCCACGCUGGAAUGAGACAGGGAAGUCUAUACUAUGAUCCAUGGAUGGCAUCUUCUGGUCAAAAGAUGAAUAUGAGGCAACGGUGGAGCCCCACAACAGAGCAGCUUCAAAUCCUUGAGCGAAUUUUUGAAGAAGACAAUGGGACUCCAAACAACCAGAGGAUCAAAGAGAUAGCCACUGAACUAGCACAACAUGGCAAAAUUUCUGAAUCAAAUGUUUACAACUGGUUCCAAAACAGGAGAGCUCGUUUAAGAAGAAAACAAUCAGUUCCAGAACCACAAAAACCAGAAUCAGAAACAGGUAAAGAAGUUCAAUCUCUAAAAGAGAAGAAAAUGAGACCAGAAAGCACUCUAUCCUAUGAGAACUCAGCACAAAGGUCCAAAACUAUACACUUGCAGCAGAGUCCCGAUAUAAGCACUGAAAUGCUACGCUUAAAUUCCCGCUCUAAUGAAGGGGAACCCACAUUUCCAUCAGAUUCUGAUUUAAGUUUUUCUGGCAGUAUGGGUCAUAUGAGUUUUGUGCAAACUCCUGGUACUAAUCGGUUUGGUGAAAUGGAAGUGCCAGGAAAUUAUAACCCUUAUUGUUAUGGAGAAGGAUAUGACAUGGCUGGAUGAUGCCUAUACAGCUAUACUGGUUUGUUGACUGUGCUUGAAUGAAAGCUUAUUGAACUUAAUGAUGAUGGAGAACAUUAAUAAAUAAAAGUUCUUUAUUUAGGAUACAUUUAAAUACCUGCAUGGGAGUCUGAGUUUGGUGAGAACUUUACAGGACUAAAAAUUCUUUUAAUGGUAGAUUGCAGUAGAAGAUUCUAUA